AUGAUGCGCCGUGGAUGGUCGCUGGCGUCGCGGACGGUGUUGGCGACUCGACAACAUGCGCCGCAUAUGCGCACGUCCUUCUUCUCGAGUGUUCCAAACAUUCCUGCCGCGGCUGCCGUGCCGACGAACGACGUGUCGGCCGCGAUUGCGCACGCCAUGGCCGAGGAAGAAGCGCGCAAGAAGCGCAAGCCCGAACACAUGCCGAUCCGCGCCGUGCAUCUCGCUCGAAAGAUGGACAUUGUGUCACUGUUCCAGCGGUUGUACACGGACCGGUUCAAGGUGAGCCAUUACCUGUACAAGGAUUCGAUCGUGCUGCGGCUGAGCGCAGCGACGGACGACCGCAACGCCGCGUGGGUAUCCACCCUCAACUUGAACAUGAAGCCAUCGACGUUUCCAGCCAUGGCGCCAUUCACCCCUCCGUCGGCGAAUCCGUCUCUCGACGCACCGACCGAGAUACCAUCGCGCCGGGCCAAGGACAAGUGGGUCGUGUACUUUGACUACGGCGCGGUCGUGUUUUUCAACUGCGACGAUUCGCUCACGGAAACGCUGGUCAAACACGCCAAGAAAGCUGCUGCUGGUCGCGGAUCCGCUGCAAACUACCUGAGCGAGCUCAAGGAGAACAACAUUCGAGUCCAAGAGAUCGACCACGUCAACAUUCAGGUCAUCGCGGGCGUCCUCGCCCAAACCGUCGCACUCGAGCACUACGAGCGCCAGGUCGACGCGAUUCUCGCCGAGUUUGAAAAACUCAACACGUUGGUCGAGAAGAAAGGCCCCCAGACGGCGCUCUUUGGCCUAACGUUUCUCGGAACACAGUCGACGGAGCGCGAACAACACCGAAAGCUGUUUCAAAUCGUCGCCACCAACAACACGCUCCUCAUCGACUUGGUGAGCAAGCUGCGCGUGAUCGAUCGCAAGCGGCCCGGUGACGCCGCAUGGAGCCACACGCGGUACCAUAACAUGUGGGAGACGCUGCUGGAAGAAUUUGAGCUCAACGAGCGCUUCAACAACCUCAACUUUAAGCUCGAGCUCAUCCAGCACAACACCAAGUUUUUCCUCGAAGUGCUGAGCUCGCACAAGGGCACACGCAUGGAAUGGUACAUUAUUAUUUUGAUUGCCGCCGAACUCGCCAUCAGCGCGUACGAGCUCGCGAUGAAGCUGCAUUAA